CAUGAGUGUGCAAGCGUGGCUGUCUCCUAAACCGGGUGCCUCUCUUCCUCAAGCUAGCCACUUCUCUCUCGAUCCUCUCCAAGUCGAAGCACCGAAUCUACUGCCCCUCCCACCUCUCACACGUACGUAGUGUGUGUGUGUGCGCGCUACUACUCGAUCGUGUGUCGCGCGCACACACAACCAUCCAAGAACCAAAGAUUCCAAUCUGAACCAACGUUCUUCUUCACCUAACCAGCUAGCAGUUCGAUCGAUCGAUGGAGGGGGGCAGCAACAGCCCGGACGGGCAGUCGUCGGGCGGCAGCCCCGAGGAGCGGGGAAGCGGCGGUAGCGGAGGCCGGGGCACCGGGGAGCCGGCGCGGUCGCGGUGGACGCCGAAGCCGGAGCAGAUACUGAUCCUCGAGUCCAUCUUCAACAGCGGCAUGGUCAACCCGCCCAAGGAUGAAACCGUCCGCAUCCGCAAGCUGCUCGAGCGCUUCGGCGCCGUCGGGGACGCCAACGUCUUCUACUGGUUCCAGAACCGCCGCUCCCGCUCGCGCCGCCGCCAGCGCCAGAUGCAGGCCGCCGCAGCGGCGGCGGCGGCGGCGGCGGCAUCCUCCGCGUCCAACAACAGCUCUCCCGCGGCUAGCGCAACCGUCGGCCUUCCUUCUGGCGCUCUACAAUAUCCUUUGGCCAUGGGCGGGACCGCCGCCUGCCAGUAUGAGCAGCAGGCGAGCUCCUCCUCGUCGUCGGGAAGCACUGGCGGCUCCUCUCUUGGGCUGUUCGCGCUCGGAGCCGCCGGGGUGCCCGGCACCGGCGGCGGUGGGUACUUCCAGGCGUCGUGUGGCGCUUCGUCGCCGCUGGCGACAGGGCUGAUGGGGGACGUGGACAGCAGUGGCGGCAGCGACGAUCUCUUCGCCAUCUCCCGCCAGAUGGGGUUCGCGGCGGCGAGCACCGUCGCCUCGGCCUCUGUGGCACCGAGCUCCAACGCACACCACCAGCAGUAUUACUCAUGCGAAUCACCUGCAGCGACGAUCACGGUGUUCAUCAAUGGAGUCCCAAUGGAGGUUCCCAGGGGCCCAAUAGACUUGCGAGCCAUGUUCGGCCAGGACGUGAUGCUCGUCCAUUCCACCGGGGUCAUCCUCCCAGUCAACGACUACGGAAUUCUAACGCAGACCUUGCAGUUGGGUGAAAGCUAUUUCUUGGUAGCAAGGCCAACUUAAAACUGCCGCAAGUAGCUAGAUUGUAGCGCAGUCUACGGCCGGUCUCUAGCUACUCGAUAUUCAUCGGUUCAGAUGGGAUGCAGCUCACGAAUCACGAUCAACCAAGAUGGGUCAUUUGCAUGCAACUGAUAUAUAUCUGUCCAUCAUCCAUAUAUAUAAUCGAGAAGAAAAGUUAGCUAGCACCAAGAAAAUAUACAUAUAUUGCACCUCAAGAAAGUAACUAUAUAUAUAAUAUUUAUGCCCUUAAAACAUAAGACAGCGUAUGUGGGCGGUUCAGUUUUUCGAUUGGAUUAUAUGAAUUACAAUGGAUGCCUUUCUCCCAAGCACCAUUUUAUUUACAAGGAUACGCAUGUUAAUGCAUGCAUGCAUGCAGGAAGAAUCUCCUUGACGACAGUGUGAGCUACAUAUAUAUUCAUCUUAGCUAGACGGUUGCGCGCACCUUUGUAAUGAUUUAAUUUGUAACUGUGUAAUGUUGUAUGCCGUCUAUAUAUGUCGGCUGGACCGUGCAUGGAAUGUCUGUCCUCAUGUAAGGCCAAAUGGAGCUCUAAAAUAUGAUCUUGUUUCUA